UUGAUGGAUGUUCAAUUCAAUGUGACAUAUAUAACUCUGGAGGGGCAUGUGGAGGUGCACAGAUACAGAUAUCUUUAUUUUGUGAUCAUGUUUACAGUGUAUGUUCUGAUCCUCUGCAGCAAUUCCACUAUUGUGAGCAUCAUUGUUAUUCACAGGAACCUCCAUGAGCCUAUGUACAUGUUCAUUGCUGCUUUGAUGGUUAACUCUGUUCUCUUCAGCUGUGCUAUCUAUCCAAAGCUUCUGCUGGACUUUCUAUCAGAGAAACAGGUCAUAUCCUACACAGCCUGUCUCAUUCAGUACUUUCUUUAUUACUCUUUAAGCGGUACAGAAUUCUUCUUGUUGGCAGCCAUGUCCUAUGACAGAUACGUGUCUAUAUGUAAACCUCUGCAAUAUCCAAAUAUAAUGAGAACAACCACUGUGAAUAUGCUCCUGAUCCUAGCUUGGCUGCUGCCUGCCUGUCAGGUUUCAGUUCCGAGGUUAGUGAGCGCUAAUAAGAAACUCUGCAAGUUCAAUUUGAAAGGAGUUAUUUGUAACAGCACAGUUCAAACACUUUAUUGUGGGAGUUCAAGGGUGGUAAAUAUAUAUGGCACUGUCAUUCUUGUAGUUUCUGUAAUUUUCCCUGUGCUCUUCAUUCUUGUUACCUACAUUAGGAUAGUUAUAGUCUGCUAUAGAAGCAGUAAGGAGGUCAGGAGGAGAGCUGCACAGACCUGUUUACCCCACCUGCUGGUGCUCCUUAACUUCACCUGUUUAAUUGCAUUUGAUGUUAUUAUUACCCGACAGAAAACUGAUUUCCCCAAAACUGUACGUUUAAUAAUGUCGUUGCAAGUACUGUUGUAUCAUCCUCUCAUUAAUCCCAUCAUCUACGGUCUGAAAAUGACAGAGAUUUAUAAACACCUGAAGAGAUUGUUCUGCAAACGUGUCUAA